AGUACAGUCUUUCUAUUUCACCAACGACCUCGUGAAAGGUCAUUCUAAAUGACUACUCUUGCAUGCGCGUGAUGACGAACGGGACAAAUCUCAUCACCAAACAAGAUGCAGGACGAGGGCUCGACGCGCAAUUUCUUGUUCUUGGUGAAGGCUUGUCGGUCGUCCUUUUAUACAUCAAUCUGAGCGUGACAUUGGAUGCUGAGUUUGCAACUCUGAGGACUCUUUUAAUCACGUAUUGUCCGCUCUGUGCAUCUUUUUCGGCCCCAUUUCGGUGGAUCAUCGAAAGCAGAAGUAUGACUCCUGCAACACCUAUUAAACAGACUUGCUCACUUUGUGUUGCAGGCCCUGGAAGUCACAUUGUUCGAUUCCCAGUUAGUCAGUCGAACGAUUCGACGUAGGUGUAUUAUUCAUGGAUGGAUGCAUCUAGCUGACGUCCUCAGGC